UGGGAAUGGCAGGGGGCUCUGUCUGGGCUCGUGAAUCACCGUUACCAGAGUUCUGCUUCUGAAUCAGCUGAUGUCGGCCUGGAAGUACAGCCCCCGCGUAGGCUGCGUUUAGGUGACUUGGGAAGGUCACAGCAGUAGAGAAACCAGUUCCCUGUCUGCAAGCGGAGUGUGUAAACAUCCCCAGAUGUACUUUUUGUUCCAGCUAAAAGGCUUAAAGCGUUUUGGUUCUUUUCAGGUCCUUAUCAGUUUGGAGCUAGAUCCUGCUGCACUCUGGGACCCGAUCCAGGUUGGAGCUGACUCCUGCUGAUUUCUGAAGGCUGAUCAAAGGACACCAGCAUCACGUGAACCUGAGAAUGAGCUUCUAGAGCUGUAAGCAGAAGGCACAGGGUCACUGAGACACAGGAACUAGCAGCAACAUGGACGACCAUUCCCCUCACUCCUCUGGCGUUUGUCUUUAUCAUGAAUUUAAGCCCACUGGUGACAGUACAGUUCCCAGAGCCAAAAGGCUGUUGGGUUCCUCAGAGCAGGUUCAGGCCCUGCAGUCAGCAAAGAAAACCUGUGUGCUGGGUCAUGACUGUAGCACUCCAGACCCAGCAAGGGAACCGCUGCUCUGUUCCCCAGGCUCUGCCUGCUUUCAGGGAUCCCCUUGUUUUCUGGAUAAUGCUGGCCACAACAACCCUGUUGCCAGUUCUUCUGCAUCGAAUUAUGAUGAUGUGGCCAUUUCUUUAGACACCAGCAGAUGUUUUGGUGGUAGUGAGCCAGAUGAUGCCUUGUUGGAGCUGUCAGACAGUGAAGAAGGGAAUUCUCCUUUCAAUUUCACUGAGGAAGAGAUCCAGGAAAUCUUGGCAGAUGAUUGUGUGGAUUCUGAGCAGUACCUAACUAGAAAGACAGCGCUGAGCCAAAGUGUGGAUGCAGAGAGUGAAAAGGAUGAGAGCAGCAGGGGCAGUGGGGCAUCAGCCAUGAGGGAAGGUGUGAUCACAGAGAACCCAAAUGAACCUCUGUCCAGAGAGUCUUCUUCAGUCAGUUCUAAAGGUUAUCCCAGCCUUCUGACUGAAAGUGCUGGUUUGGAUGAGAACCUCCAGCAGUCAACCCAAGUAACUCACAUACUCUUUGACCUUGACAUCCAGGAGCUUCUGAAUCUUAGCCCAAUCGAUGCUGGUGAUGUGGAUGAGCUUCUGGAGGACAGCUGUUUGGAGGAAGCUGAAAAAGAAGCUUUAGAAGCAGUCAGCAAUGAUAAAACUGCUCAUAGCUGUGAUCUUGAAGCCUCCUUGGAGGAGCUGAUGUCCAAUGGCUGGCAAAGCUUGAGGAAGACUCCUUCUACCAGCAGCCACGUGCCUGACUUCUGUGGUGGUGGCGAGGGAAGAUGCAUGCCCUCUGCCAACCACAGUCCAGCUGAGGAUGGUUCAGUGCCUCUGAUGCUGAUGUGUUCCACACCAUCUUCUGGGUCUGAGAGCCAAGGACUUCCCAAAGCAACCAAGAGCUGUUUCUCAAGGAAACUGAGCUUUCCAGAGGGUGAUGAGGAGGAUUCCACAGAAGCUGAGCAGCCAUCAAACAGCAUGAAAUCAGGCAGUACAGCUGGAGGCCAGAUUGAGCAGGAAGAGGCAACCAGUGGGAAGGAGCCUGGCAAAGUUAUUCCUGUGCCACAGGAGGAGGAAGAAAGCCUGAAACAAUGGGCAUGCAUUUUGGAAGCAGAGUUUGAGCCUUUCUAUCCAGAGUGUGCACAUCCCUAUGAAGAAAGCUGCAGCUCCUGCAACAGUCUCAUGCAAGAGCCAUCAAAUGCAGAGGGUGAAAGGAAGGUGUUUGUAAAGAGCAGAAAUGACCCAGGGUCCAACAAGAAACCCACCCAAAGGUACAGCCUUGCACAGAGGGUGAGCAAGAACUUGGCCAAGCACCACUAUUUCCAGAGCAGUCCUGACCACUUCCAGUGUUGCCCUGUCACAGCCUUGUCAUGUUUGAUUUUGCUGCUGAGGGACUGUGCUGGUUCUUGUUCUGCGUUUAGAGCUGUUGUUAAUGGUUCUGGUUUUGAAUGGUUUGUAUCUUAAGUUGUUUUAAUAUCUGUUUUUAACAAGGCCUAUGGAAGUUUCUAUGUGUUAGAAACAUUUGGAACUGUUUUGAAAUGCUUAAAUGCGACCUGGUUUGUGUAGGAUUUUGGCAUCAGUGGUGUUCUUUGAAUUGAAAACAACCUCCUCGCCGAGUAAGUAACAAACAUGGUGUUCAAGACUGCACAGUGCAGGUGAGGAUGUAACAUUUCAAUGAUGGACACUGGAAAACGUGCUUCGGAGGGGAAAGACUUCUUUAAAGCUUGGUCCCAAACCUUGGCAUUGAGUCUCCUACAGGGAGUUGGAUUCCUUUGGCUAACAUGGAAGUUUUAAACUGUAAAGCUAGCCUGUGGCUGCUCUCCCCCUCCAUCUGACAGGGUUGUGGUAGUUUAUAGCUGGUGCUUUACCUGGUUUGGUUUGGUCUUGUCUUGUUUUGUUGUUCUUUCCGGACCUGAAGUUUGUUUUCAUUGGUUUUACUUGUUUCAUUUGUAAUUUUUCUUGGAGAAUCGCCUGCGACGUUUUUACCUUUGGUUUAUUCUGUACCUGCUGGAUGGAGCUUCCUUUCCUGCUGUGUUAUUGUGAGGCUCUCCCCUUGCACUUCCUGCUUCCUGGAACUGCCCAGGACACUGUGACCUUGUGUUCCUUUAAGCUAAGCAGUCCAACAGCAACCUCUGGUCUCCGUGCUGCCUCCAUCUCCUUUCCUAACAGAGCAUAGGAAUUCCAAAUUCUUUGGAGGAUUUAUUUAAGAGAUACAGGGUGAUCUGCUCUUCCUGCACAGGCCUUAUAAACCUUUUAGGUGUUUACAGGUGGAAUUCAGAGAGCAAACUACGUUUGUUCAUAGAGGAAAUUGUGCUAUAUUUUUAUCAUAGUCAUUUUUUGGUGAUACUUUUGGCUAAUGUGAUUUUAAAGAAAUAAAAUGCAGGUCCAGUA